AUGUCUGUCGAAACACUAUCUAUCAAGGAAUGCUCCAAGACGGACUCUGGGGGAAACGACUCGGAUCAUAAAGCAGUUGAGAAGCUGUAUCCUGACUACCUGAAAUACCUGCAUGACGAGCUUUCACAGCGGUUUGUCCGCGAUGGAAUACUCGGUAAAGCAUGGGAGCACGCAAACAUCGCCUUUGUCUUCUGCACGCCGGCUCGCUGGGAACCCGCUGUAGUGGCUCGGUUCAAAGCCUUGAUAUCCAAGGCCGGGUUCGAGAAGGCGCAGAGCAAGCGCCUUGGUCGUGGUGUCCAUACCGUGGAGAUCACCCUGACCGAACCGCAGGCGACAGCCGCUUUCGAGCUCCACACCCCAAGGCCCGUCGCGAACCUCCGGAGAGGCCACAAUGUCAUGAUUGUCGAUGUUGGUGCUGGCACAGUGGACUUUUCUCUCGUCCAGGUUGCAACCAAUGCGAAGGAGGCUUUUCAUUGGCUUGAGCACUAG